GAUUCAUGCGGCGGACAACAUGUCCGACCCCACAGUUGAAACACGAGUGGAAAGUUGGGGAUGUUUUAGUUAAUAAAACACUUCCAGGAGUGACCGGUGCCGCUGGAAAAUAGUUAAACAACAGGAACGGUGUUUGUGGAGUUUGUGUGGUUUAACUUGGACCGCGGCUUCAAGGAAUGGAACUGGAAUAAAAGGCAGAAAAGGGUAAAUCUGCUGGGGCUUCACCAUGGCCGAGCCGGGGGGCUCCGGCGCCGGAGCUGGAGAGGAGGAGACACCGGCGUCUGUCCCCGGACAAACCCAGAGCUCCUCCGGCAGAGUUUUAACCCCGGAGGAGCGGGACAGGCUGGGCUGUGACCGGGUCCUGGUGUCCGAGUUCAGGCAGAUGAAGCUGGAGAAGGAAGCGCAGAAAAACUGGGACCUGUUUUACAAAAGAAACUCCACCAAUUUCUUCAAGGACAGACACUGGACCACCCGGGAGUUUGAGGAGCUGAGAGCCUGCCGGGAGUUUGAGUCGCAGAGGCUGGUGCUGCUGGAGGCCGGCUGCGGGGUCGGAAACUGCAUCUUCCCUCUGCUGGAGGAAGACCUCAACCUCUUCGUUUAUGCCUGCGAUUUCUCGCCGCGAGCCGUGGAGUUUGUCAAACAAAACCCGCUGUACUGCCCUGAGCGCUGCUGUGCCUUCCAGUGCGAUCUGACCAAAGACGACCUGAGGGAGAAGGUGCCCGAAGGCGGCGUGGACGUCGUCACCCUCAUCUUCGUCCUGUCAGCCAUCCACCCGGACAAGAUGACGCUGGCUCUGCAGAACAUCAGCAGGGUGCUGAAACCCGGUGGCGUCGUCCUCUUCAGAGACUACGGCCUGUAUGACCACACUAUGCUGCGGUUCAAAGCCGGCAGCAAGCUGGGCGACAACUUCUACGUCCGCCAAGACGGAACCAGGUCCUACUUCUUCUCCAGAGAGCUCCUGGACAAGUUGUUCGAGGGGGCGGGGCUUCACUCGGCGGCCAACGACUACGUCCUGAGGGAGACGGUCAACAAGAAGGAGGGGCUGUGCGUCCCCAGGGUGUUCGUGCAGAGCAAAUUCACCAAGCCUGACCAAUCACAGAGCUCCUGAUGCCUCCAAACACAAGACUGAGUGGAGUUUGAGUAAUGAAUUUAUUGAGGGCCUGAAGAUAAGAGGAGGGUCAAAUCCCUCGGACCCUCUGGGGAAAACCUUGACGCCUUCACUCGAUGAAUAAUGAACCUGAAGUGACCACUGCGUCUCUGUUUCUACAUGAAUCUUCAUCCUCAAAUACUGCAAAUGUCCAGUCUCUCCGUCUGGUUUCUGCACCUGAACAACGCUUUCUCUACAAAUUUUCCAAGAGUUUAACACCGUCUAGGCCCAGUGUCCUCGUUUUGUAGGCAUGGACUUUGGAAUGUGGAAGAGCGAUUCACCAAAAAAUAAAAGCACUAAAAAAAAAAAAGAAAACGUGCAUUUUUAAAGAAUGAAAGUGUUGGUGCAUUUUUGCAUGUAGAUUUUGUAUUUUUUUUUCUGUGCGGUCGUCGUGCCUCUGUUUUGGAUAUCUCACAAUGACUGAUAGCUCAAACGAUCUCAGUAAGUAAUUAAACAGUAAUUAACCGGGGAGGAAAUGCCGGACUCGGCUCAUACGUUUGCACACACACCUGUUUAAUUACUGUAGUUUCAUGUUUUAAUAAAUCUUUUUGUAUCAGUAAAAUGAUUGAAAAUGUUCAGGAUGUGCCUUUCUCUUCUUUCAGCAUGACCCAUAUGAACAGUUUUUCUUGAAAUAAAGAUCUUAGUUAUUUCA